UCUGCAUUGCUGGGUGCUAUAUAUACCCCUCAAUUCCUCUUCUGAAACAAAAACAAAAUUAUCUAAGGAGAGAGAUCAUAAGAGAGAAAGAGAGAGAGAGAGAGAUGGGUUCACUUCCUCAUGUAGUAGAAGAUUGCAGUGGCAUUCUUCAAGUCUAUAGUGACGGUUCAAUCUUCCGGUCCAAGGACGAGGACAUAAACUUUCCGUUUCCUGUUCACGACGACGCCUCCGUCCACUGGAAAGAUUCCCUUUUCGACCGCACCCACGGCCUCUACCUCCGCAUCUACAAGCCGCGCUCCUCCGCCUCCGCCGCCGUUAGCCUCCCCAUUAUCUUCUUCUUCCACGGCGGCGGCUUCUGCGUCGGCUCUCGCACGUGGCCCAACUGCCACAGCUGCUGCCUCCGCCUCUGCGCCGGCCUCCAGGCGCUCGUCGUGGCGCCGGACUACAGGCUGGCUCCGGAGCACCGCCUCCCGGCGGCCAUGGACGACGCGUUUUGCGCCGUGAAGUGGGUCGCCGCCCAGGCUUCGACCGACGCCUGGUUGAAAGAUGGGGUUGACUUUAACCGGGCUUUCGUCCUAGGUGACUCCUCCGGCGGCAACGUCGCUCACCAUUUGGCGGUUAGGCUCGGAGUGGGCUCGCCGGAGAUGAGCCCUGUUCGAGUUCGCGGCUACGUCAUGAUGGCGCCGUUCUUUGGCGGGACUGUAAGGACAAAGUCGGAAGCUGAAGGGCCGCCGGAGCCAUUCUUAAAUCUCGAAAUUCUCGACAGAUUCUGGAGGCUAUCACUACCUUUUGGGGGGACACCAGACCACCCAUUGGCAAACCCCUUUGGCCCUGCAAGCCCAAGCCUGGAGGCAGUGAAGCUUGACCCAAUACUGGUGAUGGUUGGAGGCCAAGAAGUCUUGAAAGACAGGGUGGAGAACUAUGCAAUGAAGUUGAAACAGCAAAACAAGGAAGUUGACUAUGUUGUUUUCCAAGGAAAACAACAUGGCUUCUUCACAAAUGAUCCAUUCUCAGAUGUGUCAACUCAAGUCUUGCAACAACUGCAACAUUUCAUGAUAUCUAAAGUGUAAAAUGAUGAAAUCUAUAUAAGACAGGACUUACAUUACACUUCGUGGACAGUGAUUGUGGGUUUCUCUCGUCAAUUCUGAUCUCUUAUAAUCAACAUGCAUGGCCAUGGGCUUUAAUUCCAGCUAGCUUAGCUAGCUAGCUAGGUUUAGUAUGUAUGGUUAUCUUCAUAUAUAUAGUAAGUGGCUUUGUAGUUGAGAGCAAGACUUGUUGCAAGCAUGUGUGCAAUGGGCUCUCUGUCUCUCAUAUUUCUUCUGGUUUUCUUUUUUAAAAAGUGGGUUUUGUAACCAUAUAAAAAGUUAGGAUUAAUAGAGUUUUAAGAAUAGUCCCUUGGUUUUAUUUUGAAUGAGUCAACAAGUGUAAUUUGUAAUAUCUUUUUCUUUUUAUAUUAUAUUAUUAGUAGUUUAUUGAAAUUUUA